AGGGUGACUUUUCCCUUGGAUUUCUCUCGUUCCUUCAUUGAGCCUCCUCUCCACUGAGUCCACACCAAGACGACCAUGAGGUUCAGUGUAAAACGAGCUUUCUGCUUUGUAAUAUCUGUUUUAUUUCUUGGUGUUGCUGCAGAGCUGCAGGCACCUGAAGUGCACACAAAGCUCGGGAGUCUGAGAGGUGAGUAUGUGAGUGUAAAGGGCAAAGAGACCGGAGUCCACGCCUUCCUGGGUGUCCCAUUUGCCAAGCCACCCAUAGGUCCUUCCCUGAGACUGGCUCCACCUCAGCCUGCAGAGGGAUGGAAAGGAGUGAGAGACGCCACCAAGCAGCCAAACAUUUGCAUUCAACAUAAAGAGCUUUCUCUGGAGGUACUUGCUAAGUUCGAGGGCUGGCUGAUGGAUAUCCCAGACAUUUCAGAAGACUGUCUUUACCUGAACAUUUACACUCCAGCAAACAGAGCGAAAGAUGCCAAGCUUCCAGUUAUGGUCUGGAUCCAUGGUGGGGGCUUUAUUUGGGGAUCAGCUUCAUCGUAUGACGGUUCUGCUCUGGCUGCAUACCAGGAUGUGGUCGUGGUUCUGAUCCAGUAUCGCAUGGGCCUUCUGGGCUUUCUCAGCACUGGAGAUGAACAUGUAUCAGGGAACUUUGGGAUGCUGGAUCAGAUAGAAGCUCUGAGGUGGGUCCAGCAGCACAUUCACAACUUUGGAGGAAACCCCGAUUUAGUUACCAUAUUUGGGGAGUCAGCUGGUGGAGUGAGUGUAUCUCUCCUGCUCCUCUCACCAUUGUCUGAUGGCUUGUUCCACCGUGCCAUCGCUGAGAGCGGUACAGCUGCAAUGGAUUUCCUUGUGUUAGAUGAUCACGAUUCUCUGCCAAUGAUGCAGAUGGUUGCAAAUGCAUCUGGCUGUAGCAUCGAAAGCACCAAGAAGUUUGCAGAUUGCAUGAGAAACCUUGAUAUCGACACUAUAGUGGCUCUUGGGAAGGAUGAACAACUCAGAUUUCUCGUAAAUAUUGAUGGACGCUUCCUGACGAAACCUGUGGAUGAGCUGUUCCAAAAACAUGAACUCCUCACUGUCCCAUUCAUGACUGGUGUUAAUAAUGAUGAAGGAGGAUUUAUAAUGCUUGACGGUGUUGCUCCUCCCAACUGGAAAGAAGGAAUGGAUCAGGAGCAGGUCAUAAACAUCAUGUCAAUGUUCUACUCUGAUUCCAAAGAUGCAGUCAAGGGAGAUUUGAUGAUAGAUGAGUACAUUGGAAGUGGUGAAGACCGUGUGAAAAACAGAGAUGGACUGACUGAGAUGAUUGGAGAUUUUGUCUUCAACAUUCCAGCUAUUAAAGCUGCUAAUGCGCACAGAGAUGCAGGCGCCACUGUAUACCUGUAUGAGUACCAGCAUCCUCCCACUUUCCUGCAGAAAAAAAGGCCUAGCUUUGUUGGAAGUGACCAUGGAGAUGAAAUCUUUGGAGUGUUAGGAUUCUGCUUCACAACUACCCAUAUCAAAUUAGCUGAUCCAUGCCCUAAAGAGGAGGAAGAGUUCAGCAGAACCGUGAUGAGCUACUGGGGCAACUUUGCUCGCACAGGGUCUCCUAACGGGGAUGGCCUUGCCCAUUGGCCAAAGUAUGGAGCAGAAGAGGAGUAUCUGGCAAUUGGUUUAAAGGAGCAGGUAGUUGGUCGAGCCCUGAAGAAGGACCGGUUUGUGUUUAUGACUCAAAUCCUCCCAGAGAAGAUCCGACAACAUAAUGAGAAUAUGGAGCACAGCGAGCUAUAAAACAAUCACAUCUCUUCACUCUGUUCCAUGAGUUUUUUAUUACCUUUAAUUAACCAUGAUUAAUCUGUCUUACACAUAGUGUGUUAAACCUGUGUCAUUUUAACAAAUCGAAGCACUUUGAUUGUUCUUUUUUUUUUUUCAAUACAAAGUCCUAUGCAUUGUAUGAAUUUCUGAAAAAUUGUCAAAUUCCACAACUGAACUCAAAAAGGUGUGUGGUGGCAGUCAUGGGAAGCUUCCAGCUUUUGACAGUUUCAGGUAAUAUUUACUUACCUAUUGUUUUUUUUUUUUUAGCAUUUUAUUUUAGUUUUGAUUUGGUUUCUAAUAUCAAAUAGAAAUUUCUGACUGAAGUUCAUUUGUUUUUCAAUCCUGUGUGAUACAGUAGCAGUGAAAAUGAGAUCAGCAUUUUAACACCUGAUUUGGAUUACAGUGUGAUACAUACACAAACAAUUCUGAAAAUAAACGGGUAUAACAAACGG